AUGGGUAUCAUUCGCAAGAAGACGGCCAUGAGGGGAGGUGAGGGUGGUGUUAAAUAUGUCUGUGAUGUUUGCUCCGCAGAUAUUACUAAUACCGUCCGAAUUCGAUGCGCCCACUCCGCUUGCAAUGAAUAUGACCUAUGUGUGCAAUGUUUCUCAGAUGGAAAGUCUUCCUCACAACAUCAACCGGCUACUCAUCCAUUUCGAGUCAUUGAACAAAACUCCGUUCCAAUUUAUACAAAAGAUUGGGGGGCAGAUGAGGAGUUAUUGUUAUUGGAAGGCUGCGAGAUUUAUGGAUUAGGAUCUUGGGCAGAUAUUGCAGAUCACAUUGGAGGAUUCCGAAGUAAAGAUGAGGUUAAAGAACAUUACAAGAGGGUUUAUCUGGAUAGUCCAAAAUUCCCAUUACCAAAACGAGCCAGUCCACAUGAUACCGAAUUGAUGGAUGCAUUACCGCGAGAAGAAUUUCAAGCUCAAAAAAAGAGAAGAAUAGAGGAACGAAAAGAGGCAGCUAAAAAUGCACCUCCUCCACAACCCAAAAAGAAACCCACAGCCAGUGUACCAUCAUGUCAUGAAAUUCAAGGUUAUAUGCCUGGUCGUUUGGAAUUCGAAACCGAAUAUGCGAAUGAAGCAGAAGAGGCUGUUCAACUUAUGUCAUUCGAACCUGGUGAUGGAACUAAUCCUAUCACAGGAAAGUUAGAACCGGAAUUCGAACUCAAAAUGACAUCAUAUUUGAACAUAACCUUCUGGAAUAUCGGAAAGCAGUUGCUCUUGACAAAAAGCGCACCAAAGAAGAGAGGGAUCUUCUUACCCGUGCAAAACCUUUUGCAAGAAUGA